GCUUCUUCCGGUUAGUGCUGUUCCUGCUGAUGUGGUGUCCUGAAGUUAGCGUGGUUGUCUCUCUGGCUCAUCCGAGUUCUUGAAGAAAAUACACUUUUCACCUCGUCAAACAUAAUGCCUUACUUUCAGACCUGGGAGGAGUUUGCUCGUGCAGCCGAAAAAUUGUAUCUGACGGACCCCAUGAAGGCCAGAGUGGUAAUCAAGUACAGGCACUGCGACGGCAAAAUUUGUAUUAAAGUGACUGACGAUUCCGUGUGUUUACAGUACAAGACGGACCAGGCUCAGGACGUGAAGAAGAUCGAGAAACUGCACGGGAAACUGAUGAGACUGAUGGUGUCCAAAGAGACGCACAGCGGCGCUAUGGAAACAGACUAACGUAGUCGAGAAGGAAUACUGCCUGGACCAAGUUCACUACUGUUGUUGUUGGGAACACGGAACGCCAGCUGAGUGGAAUUGAUGGGAGAGUCUGAUGGAGAAGAGCAGUAGCGGAGAUUUAAUUUGAGCUGGACCAGCUCAUGCAGCGCAGUCAGAGAUCUGAUUUCUAUGUGCUUUCUGCACAUUUAGUUACGAUUUUUUUUUAAACAAUGCGCUAUCCAGUUUCUCUGCAGAAGGCGUUCGAUUGCAUUUCUGAUUGUGUGCGAAUGUGUAAACGGGGAAAAUGAGAGGUUUGGGCGUAGUGGGUGAAAUGGACAGCGUGCCGCUCAUUGAGCAGCUUUGGGCACCUGAGCUUUUGGAUAUUUUCAAGUGGGAUGAUCAAUACAAGCCUAAUUUUGAGUAAAUCAGGUUGUUAAUAUUA